AGAAGUUUCCACAAACACAAAACAACUAUUCUCUUAUCUUCAUUCUUCCUACUUCCUUAAUUAACUAACUCAGAGUUAGAGGCAUAGGAAGAAUAAGAUCAAAGUGAAAUCAAAAUGGCCUUGCAAGUGCAGGCCACCCUUCACACUACAAGAACCUCACCAUCAUUAUUAGCACCAACUGCCAAUCCUACCCUCCUACCACUCUCCAAUCCAUAUGCUUUGAAGUCAUCUUUCUUAUCUGCUUCCCUUAACCUUUUACUUCAUCCUAAUAAACAACACCUUCUUAUUUAUGGACCUCCCAGGUUUUCCAUGCGUGUUGCUUCCAAACAAUCUUAUAUCUGUCGUGAUUGCGGGUAUAUUUACAAUGAGAGGACUCCUUUUGAGAAAUUGCCUGAUAAAUACUUCUGCCCUGUUUGUGGUGCUCCAAAACGAAGGUUUAGGCAAUAUGCUCCAGCUGUUACAAAAGGUGCAAAUGAAACAGAUAUUAGAAAGGCAAGAAAAGCUGAACUUCAAAGAGAUGAAGCAAUUGGGAAAGCACUUCCAAUUGCAGUUGUCGUGGGAAUUGUUGCGCUUGUGGGAUUAUACUUCUAUCUGAACAGCACAUUUUAGCUGAAUGUUUUGUUCAUUGUGCUUUAUAUUGUCUGAAAAUCAGACCUUUACUGUAUUCCUGUUCAUUGGUUCAUCAACUUUUGCACAGUUCCACUUAGUUCCAUCUGUUCAUUUCCAAUAGCUUUUUUUUUAACUCAAUUACCAAUAGCUUUCACCAAGAAUGUACUCACUUAAACUGAAAAUGAAGCAGGAAUAAAUAAAAGUUAUUUUGAGUUUCAUUUGCCA